AUGUGGGGAUCAGCUCUUCUCCUGGCUUUGCUGGGGGCCACAUCAGGAGGAGAAGCCCUACACCUGAUCCACUUACCUGCCACCAGCAACGUGGCAGAGAAUUCUCCCCCUGGGACUUUGGUACACACGUUCUCUGUGAGUCUGUCGGUGUCCGGGUCACCUGUGAUGCCCACAUUUCCCCUGAUAAUCAACUCAAAUCCCUUCACUGAGGCUGAAGUCUUCACGGUGAACAGUGUGGCAGGCACUGACUUUGAGGUUGUCACCACUGGGAAGGAACCACUAGAUUUCGAGACAGGACCACAAACAUUUGAGUUGCAGAUUUAUGUGAAGGAUGAUGUUGGUGUCACAGACCUGCAGGUCCUGACUGUUCAGAUAACAGAUGUGAACGAGCCACCUCAGUUCCAAGGCAACUUGGCAAAAGGCUUAGAGCUCUAUGUAGAAGAAAGAGCAAACCCUGGGUUCAUUUACCAGCUUGAGGCCUUCGACCCAGAAGACACGAGUCGAAACCUGCCGCUUAGUUACUUCCUGAUCUCUCCCUCAAAAAACUUCGGAAUGUCUGCUAAUGGCACCCUCUUCUCUACAACAGAACUGGAUUUCGAAGCAGGACACAAGAGUUUCCACCUGGUUGCGGGAGUGAGGGACAGCGGAGGCCUCCAAGCCUCCACAGUGCUGCAGGUGACCGUUGUGAACAUGAAUGAUGAGAUCCCCCGCUUUACCAGCACAAGGAGAGUUUACUCCAUUCUGGAGGAGCUGAGCCCAGGAACCAUCGUGGCCAAUAUCACAGCAGAGGAUCCUGAUGAUGCAGGCUUUCCCGGCCGCCUCCUCUACAGCAUCACUACCACCUGCAACUACUUUGUGAUAAACCAGUUGACUGGUUCGAUCCAAGUGGCUCAGCGGAUAGACCGAGAUGCAGGUGAAUUAAGACAGAAUCCGGCCAUUUCUUUGGAGGUUCUGGUAAGGGACAGACCUUCCGGGGGCCAGGAGAACCGUAUCCAGAUAACCUUCACUGUGGAAGACAUCAAUGACAACCCUGUUGCAUGCACAAAGUUCAUCUUCAGCAUUAUGGUGACGGAAAGAGCAGCCAACGGGACGUUGCUUCUGGACCUGAACAAGUUCUGCUUUGAUGACGACAGCGAAGCACCAAACAACAAAUUCAACGUCACCACGCCAUCUGGAGUGGGGAGCAGCCGCAGAUGUUUACAGGAGCCAGCUGGCUCUGGGAAAAUAGUGUUGAUUGGUGAUCUAGAUUAUGAAAACCCAAGUAACCUAGCAGCCGGCAAUAAGUUCAUGGUGAUGAUCCAGGUGCAGGAUACGGCCCCUCCUUACUACAAAAAUACUAUCUACAUUUCUGUCCUAACACGCCCAGAAAACGAAUUUCCUCUCCUCUUUGCUAGCCCAUCCUAUGUAUUUAAUGUGUCAGAAACAAGACCAGCUAGAACGAGGAUUGGCCAGGUUCAGGCAGCUGACGAAGACUACCCCCAGGGGAGCAUCUCAUACGCCAUCUCCACCGGAGGAGCCAGCUCCCAGCACCCGAAUAUAUUUUGGAUAAAUCCCAGGACAGGAGAACUCCAGCUAGUCACCAAAGCAGACUAUGAGACAACCUCCAGCUACAUUCUUGGAAUCCAGGCCACCAAUGGAGAGAGCACAAGCUCAGUUACUGUUACUGUGAACAUCCUUGGAGAAAAUGAUGAAAAGCCAGUGUGUACCCCAAACUCUUAUUUCCUGUCUAUCCCUGUGGAUCUGGAAGUUGGCACAAAUAUACAGAAUUUCAGGCUGAUCUGUACAGACCUUGAUUCCAGCCCCCAAUCUUUUCGCUACUCCAUUGGCCCAGGCAAUGUCAACAAUCAUUUCACCUUGUCUCCCAAUGCUGGCUCCAAUGUCACACACCUGCUGCUCGCAUCUCGUUUUGACUAUGCUGGUGGUCUUGAUAAGAUUUGGGACUACAAACUACUUGUCUACAUAACUGAUGACAACUUGCUGCCUGGCAGGAGGAAAGCAGAGGCUCUUGUUGAAACAGGGACAGUGACUUUGAGCAUUAAAGUCAUUCCCCAUCCAAGCACAAUUGUCACCACAACUCCCAGGCCCAGGAUCACCUACCAGAUCCUCAGGGAAAACAUCUACUCUCCAUCCGCGUGGUAUGUGCCUUUUGUCAUCACUGUGGGCUCCAUAUUGCUUCUGGGUCUCCUGGUGACUCUGAUCAUCUUGUUGACCAAAGCCAUCUACAGAUACUGCCCCUGCAAAGCUGGGAAGGACAAGAAAUCUCUGGCAAAGAAAGAAGAAAUGAAGAACACGAGGAAUGAGAUGGUGGUGGAGAUGGUCAAGACAAGCACUGUCUUCGAUGGAGAAGCCGUAGACCCAGUGACUGGGGGAAUAUAUGAAUUCAACUCCAAGACUGGAGCCAGAAAAUGGAGAGAUGCGCUUACCCAAAUGCCAAACUGGACAGAGCCUAGCCCCUGGAAAACGGCCACCGGCUCACAGAGAACUACUGCGGGGGAAGGGCCUGGCCUACAAGGAGAACCCACGAUGAAGGAGAUAGGCAGAGGGCAAAGCACAGAGAGAGGAUACUGGACCAGCUUUCUGAAGUGA